GAAAUAAAAAAUGUACAGUGUAAAAUUUUUUAAUUAGAGGGAAAAAAAUUGGAAAUUUUCAGUGUAAAUUAAAAUGGCAUUAAGGAGGACUCUUCACUGAACAAGAAGAGGAUUAUCGUUUAUAAUUAAAAUUGUGUUUACAUGUAAUGUAAACAGGAAAAAAAUGUUAAAUCUGUGAAGGUGAGAUACUUAUAAAUUACAAUUUUUGAAAUUGUAAUUAAAUAACUGCCUUUUAAUUUUAUCUAUUUACAAUUAACAGAAAAGGAUAAUUGAUAAUUGAAUAAUUAUCAGAUAAUUGAUAAUAUUUUGCUUAUGUUGAAUUAUUGAUUGUCUCGACGAUAAUAUGAAAGUCAAGAAAUAAGGUGAAUAAUUUUAUAUAAAGUUAUUGAUAAUCAAUUGAGGGGAACAAGUUAAGAAAUUAGAGAUGUGUGGUAUUUACGAUAUCGUCGAAUUGCUAAUUGAUUGAAAUUAAUGGCAAACGUAAGUCAUAAAAGAAAUUAAGCCUCACUAAUCAUUUUUGCCAGAGGAUAUUAGAAUGCUCCAAAGUGCUGAAAUUUUUUACGAAUCUGGAGAGAUUAAUCAAAUGGAUCUAAUUUGAGAGAAAUAAAUGAAAAUGACAUGAUGAAUUGAAUUCGUUACUUCUAUAAAUUGUAGUUUAAUUUCUGCGAUACUGUUUGAGAUUUAAUUUUCUGGAAUUAAUCAAGAGAAGACAAUUUUUUUGGUCGAAAAAAGCGAAUUGUAAAAUUUUAUUUUACGAAUUUUACGAAUUGUAAAAAAAUGGCAAUGAACAGUCCUGGAGCUUUUAUGAAAUCGCCCAAAAGUCCAAGGCAGCUUCCACAGUUGCCAAUAUCGGGUCAACGGAGUCCAAUGUCAUCGAUAAAAUCCCCCAAUUCAUCAUCUAGAGUUUUCGAAUUCCCCUCGACAAUUAGCGAAGGGCCAAAGUGUUCAAAAUUCGAUUUCGAUGAUUUCGUGAGUUCCCAAGAUUUGUCACGAUCAAAGAGUCCAAGUUGCAGUGGACUUUCGGGAAUGAAGAGUCCAAGGAGUAAUAUUUCCAUAUCACCCGGUCAAGAGUCGCCUGUCUUUCAAUUUUGCAAUCCAAAGAAAAUCAUCAACAAAACAAUGAGUUAUCCACCAAAGAGUCCCGUCUCACCGGGCAUCACUCAUCGUUCACCAAGUUCCAUAAGUUUCGGUCAAAAGAGUCCGAAACCAUUUGCUGGUCGGCGAAAUUCGUGUUUCAAUUUUGGACCUAAAAGUCCAAUGUCACCGACAAUUGUCAUGACAUCGGGCCACAGUCCAACGAGUCCUGGCUAUGAAAUGGAAUCGAAAUCGAGCAGGGAAUUCGGUAAGGGUGCUGUUGGUGGUGGUGGUGGUGGCAAAGUUUGGGGACCUGGUAAACGCUUUAGUUCAUUCAAUGAAAAAGAUCGGGAACAUUAUAAGAGGAUGAGGAACAGAAUGGCGUGUCAGAGUCAAGGAUGCUUGAAUGAAACGGAGAAUGAGAGGAAUAUCGAUAAUGUCAAAAGUGAAAAAAAUAUUGCCAGAAGGUCCACGAGUGAUUUAACUGAAAUGAACGAUGCGGAAACGGAAGUUACAUUACUCUCGAGUCCAAGAAGAAGAGGAUCAAUGAAAGGUGGCCUAGCUUACCUUGCAUCUCGUCGAGGGUCUCGUGAUAGUCAAGCAUCCAAUUUAUCUAAUGUCAGCAAUGAGGAUGUUGGUCCAUUAAAUUUCAGUGCACAUCCUCGAGUUCGUCAAAGGAGGACAUCAAAUUUCCUCGAACUACCAGUGCCGGAUCAUAUAAGACCACGAGUCCACAGUUUGCCUGAAAAGGCAUACAACCCACGAGCAGGGGAUGAUUUGUAUAGACUGAGGGCUUUUAGUAUCACACACAAAGGUGUCGUAAAUCGUGGGGAUUCCAUCAUUUCCAGGCGCAGUAGAAGCAACACUUCCGUUAAUAGUAGUCGAAAUAGCAAUGUAUCAGGUGAAAGAUCACCUUUCGAAGGCUCUUGUUGCAGUGGACAAGGUUUAGCUGGAGACAGCACUGAGAGUGAUGUAGAGGAAGGUACAAAGUAUAGAGUUGUACUACUUGGUGAUUCUGGGGUUGGAAAAACAGCUUUGGUUUCACAAUUUAUGACCAGCGAAUACAUAAAUACGUACGACGCUAGUUUAGAUGAUGAGUUUGGAGAGAAAACGGUAUCCAUUCUACUAGAUGGUGAAGAAUCUGAAAUGAUAUUCAUUGAUCAUCCGCACAUUGAGAUGAGUGUGGAAAAUUCUCUUUCAACGUACGAACCGCACGCCUGUAUAGUCGUCUACUCAGUAGUAUCACGUGUCAGUUUCAAGGUUGCUGAAGAAAUGUUAAAUUAUCUCUGGCGAGAGCAUCAUACACAGGAGAGGUCCGUUAUUGUCGUUGCCAAUAAAUCGGAUCUUGAAAGAAGCAGAGUCAUUACACCAAAUGAAGGAAAGCAGUUGGCAACAUCUCGUGACUGUAAAUUUAUAGAAACUUCUGGUGGUAUUCAACACAAUGUCGAUGAGCUUUUAGUGGGAGUUCUGAAACAAAUUCGUUUGCGGGAGACACGAGACAAGAAACUACGACGGCAAGGUAGCAAGAGUAAAAUUCUGUCAAAACUUCAUGGUAGUAAAACUGCUUUGAGUUUAAAUCUUGCUAAGGAAAUAUUAAAUAAAAUGUGUUUAAAUGAUAGCAAAAGUAAAAGUUGUGAAAAUCUUCACGUUUUAUAAACUGGACAUCUAUAUUUUUUAGUUUUUAUUAGCUCUGAAUUUUUUUUCCCCCAAUUAGAUUUAUUUUUCGAAAAUAAACUAUGCGUUGUAUGUUUAAACUGUGAACGACUGAAACUGAAAUUAAAUUUUAAUAAACUAUAAAUAUGCGCUUUUGAAGAGAAUUUGAAAUGUAUGAAUGAACUUUAACUAGGACUCUCGAAGGUGGCAGUGCUCUCUUUUUAGUUUGGAUCGAAAAAUUAUUUAUUUAUUUAGACAUCGACUUGAAAUAUGCAUCAGAAAUUCUUGAGUAGUCAUCAGAUAAUAAGGAAAUGCAAACAGAAAUGCAAAAAUCAAUUUUUUUUAAUAAGCUAGGUGUAUAUCUUCCUUUCUGUAAAGAAGCUUAUCAACGAGUGCAAGUGAGUGAUCGAUUGACUGAGUGAAUUGGCGCCCACGCUUUUAUACACGCAAAAUUCUUCAGCAUGUGAGAGGUCCAACGUAAAGUUUUCUUUUCAAAAAAGAGUCCUUGUAGCGUCAAAAUUGCAUAUUACUAACUUUUGAUUACAUACAAUUAUUGCAAGUUGGCUAUAGAACCUAGAGUGAAAAGCAAAAGAAUGAAAUUUAAAUAAGUAAAAAAUAGAAUUGUAAUUGGUGUAAUCACCAUCAUCAAAUGUUAAGGGGUUACAUCCAGUUAGACAGCCAAAAAAAGUCGAUAUUUUAGGAAUUUUUUCUGAAAAACCUAUUGAGUAUUUCAAUUUAAAAAUUAAUGCACAUAUAAAGGGUACUUUGAACUUUAUUUUGAAAUAUUUUACUUAUAAGAAUAAUUUUUUUUGAAACUCCUAUAAAGAAUUUGCGGGAGCUCCUCCGAAGUGAGACAUCUUGUGGUGAGCAGAUUAUUUAUGGACUGGAUCAUCUAAAAUGAAAGAACCAAAUAUUAUUUGUUAAUAUAGUAGAUUAUAUAUAUAGUUAUAGAUACUAUGUAUACUUUUUUAAAAAAUCCUAAGUAGAUGUAACCCCUUAAUGCCAACUAUGGAACUGCCACAUUCGGGAGUUUAGUGUAAUGGAAUUCUACUGACUAAGAAAAUUGAUGAUUGUUUCUAAAUCUAUUACUUUCUUUUUUGAAUAUUAAAAUAAGAAACAUGAUAUCCUAAUAAUAUUCGAUUUUAAUUUAAUGUAUCUACUUAGUCUUUAAGUAAAAAUUACGAUCGUUACAAGAGAGCAGAAAACAAGCACAAAAAAGCUAGUCUAUUUCGACGCAUUUCUUGCUAUCAUCACUUGAAACCAAGAGCAGGAAAAAUGUUUGAAAACAUAUUUCGUGUAAAGAAAAAAUGGAAAUAAGAUCAAUUUUGAAUUAGGUCUUAUAAUUCAAAAAGUUUUCUAAAAUUCUAUUUAACGAGAACUUUAAAAAAAGAGACAUGGCUUUAAAAAAGUUGUGACUUAUUUAAAAACAUUAAAGGUUUGUCUAAUUUGUGGAAAUGGGAACACUUAAUAUAAAUGUUGGAUUAUAAACAAUAUAAAGUAAUUAGGAAAAGCUAGUAAGAAAAAAACCUUCGUUUGCUUUGGGUUAUGAUAGAAGACGUUCAGAGCUGAGCUCGCUUCCUGUUAGUGCGAGAAGUGCCUCAUGGCAAGUCGAACAGUGAACUGACGGAAAAUACCGGGCGAGCGAGUUAUAUAGUCGGCGAGACGAGAGUGGUGGGGGGAGAGAUGCGCGGCUUUCGUGCGCACUCGUCAUUCUCCCUCUUCACAUUUCCAAACCUUGGACACAUCCUUUUAGUAAUUAAUUUAAUUUACCCUCUGUCGAAGACGAAUAAUUUAAAAAAAAAUUUGUGGUUAGAAAAUAUUUAGAAUCUUAAGAAAAAGAAGUGACUUUCAAUUCUCAGCUGCUGACAUUAAAUAAUUUUGAAUUAAUUCAAAUGAAAAAAAGGUGGCACCGCCUGAGAAUAAGUCUGCACUGCAGUGAUUUGAUUAUUUCUUAAACCUAUAAAUAAUAAUGAAAAAGUGUCUAAUCUACUAUCCUGAAAAUUACAUGUCUAGAAAUAUAUUUUUAGUACAAUUAUCAAAAAAAAAGAAUCUGUCAAAGUAUAAGAGACUGAUUCAUAAUCACGUGAUACCUCUUUGAUAUUUUUAAAUGUUUUCUUUUAAAAAAAAAAUAUUUUGUAAUUCUUCAAAGGCACAUUUGAAUUUUUAAGGCACAACAAAAUACGUCGUCUUUUAAUACCAGAAAUAUAAUAAUAAGACAUCGUUAAAAAAUUGUAGAUAGUCUUUUGGACGCUGGUUUCGUCCAUUUGACGCAGGUCGUCUUUCUAAAAUGCCUGAGUUAUAAAAUAUUAAUAUAAACAUUAGUCUUAACACAAAGAGAAUUUUCUGCGUCAGAUGAUAUGCUUUCUUCUCAAAAUAUAUUAUGUACAAAUAGAUUUUAGAAUGACUGUUGAUAAUGACAACAAGAAUGAGUAGACGCGGCCUAAUUGUAAUAAUGCAUCUAAGAGAAAUAUUCAUAUCUCAAUUAAUUAGGUGCUGUAAUUUUAUUGUCUUUAGGGAAUUAAACAUUAUUACUAUCAUUCUGAACUAUUGUGUCUUGUUUGUAUUGAGAAUUUGAAUGAAGAUACUAAAACUGUAGUGUUUUUGAAAUUUUUUUUUUUUUGAAAUCUAAUUCUUUGUGAGUCUAAAUAUCUUUUUACAUAAUUACAGUAAUGCACUGAGUUGUUGUUUGAAAAGCUUUUCCAUUGUACUGUGCACUAGAAGGUAAGACAGAUUUUAAAAGCAUGUCAAAAACAACUGUGGUCUGUACUUCCUUUGCAAUUCUCUAAAGUUUCAAAAUCUGUUUUACAUGAUAUUUUAUCUCUUGAAUAUCAAGAUAGCAAAAAAGUUUCACGCACAAAGUGUAAUGAAAUUGGAUUUUGUAGAGGAGUUUAAAUCUUUUAAGAUUCAACCACAUUUCGAGGUUGAUUUUAGUGUUUUUUAAAAAAUUU